UUAUUCGUAUUGGAGUACAGUGAUGAGAAAUUUUUUAAAGGGAAAAAGAUUAUAAGGCUAUGUUAGCGGAACUAUUGUGAAACUCGAGAACACUGCUCAGAAUUAUGUAACAGAGUUAGAUAAUUGGGAGUCAAACAAUGUGAAAAUUCUCACUUGGAUUCACAAUUCUGUUGAGCAAUCCAUUGGUACACAAGCAGCGAAGUUUGAAACAGCAAAAGAAGUUUGGGAGCACUUUCAAAAGUUAUACACUAAAUCUAACUUUGCAAAACGAUAUCAGUUGGAAAUUGAUAUACGGGCUUUACAUUAGAAAGAUGAGUAUUCUUGAGUUCUACGCUGCUAUGAACUCCAUUUAGGAUGACUGGCUCUUACGGAAUCAGCAGGACUGAAAGCAUGUGAGGAAUAUAUUAUUUUUAGAGAGGAACAGCGAUUAGUUCAGUUUUUUAUGGCACUUCGCAAUGAUUUUGAAGGACUCAGAGGCUCUAUUUUGCAUCGCACUCCACUUCCUUCAGUUGAUUCGGUGGUUAGUGAACUUGUAGUUGAGGAAAUACGUUUGAAAUCUCUUGCGGGGGAAGUAUCUCUUCCUCCAUCUAGCACCUCAGUGUUGGUUAUACCUUUUCGAUUGUUCAUACAAGACAAGAAUAAAGGUUAUGUGUGAGCUGCUACUGAUGAGUGUAACUUUUGUAAAUAAAAAGGACAUUAAAGUCUCAAUGUCCAAAGCUAUUAAAGAAGCAGCAACCUCAAUUACAGCAGUGAUCUUAUCGUCCCAAUGCUAACAUGGCUGCCACCAUGCCGCCUAAUGAUUUGUCCAUACUUGGAGCACCACCUUCAUCCAAUCCCAUGUUGACAGACUUAGCAGAGCAGUUUCAAAAGUUCUUAUCCACACAACCACGUGCUAUGUCAGCCUCCACUUAUAUAGGUCUAUCAUCACAAAAUCACUCAGGUACUAAUACCCCACAACAAAAUGGUGUUGUUGAAUGAAAACAUAGGCACAUCGUAGAAACUGUUCAUUCACUUCUUUUAUCUGCCAAAGUUCCCAGUGAGUUUUGGGGAGAAGUAGCUCUUACUGUUGUUUCUUUAAUUAAUAAGAUUCUAUUUUCCCACAAUUCAGGUGUAUCACCUUUUGAAACAUUGUAUGGACAUCCUCCGAAUUACUCCUUGUUGAGAGUCUUUGGUUGUACUUGCUUUGUUCUUCAUCCUAAAGUUGAACGUAGUAAGUUGACAUCUCGCUUUGCUUUUUGUGUUUUCUUAGGUUAUGGGCAAGGGCAAAGGGGUUAUCGUCGUUUCGAUCCCAUUAAUAAUAAAUUAUAUGUUUCUCGUCAUGUCAUGUUUCUUAAGCACGUUCCAUUUUUCUCUAUUUCUGGUAAUACUCAUAACGUGACUAGAACUGGCCUUAUUAAUAUUGAUCCAUUCUCUGAUGAUAUAAACAAUUUACCUUCUCAUACCCCAUGUACUAUUGAUUCUUCAUGUCCUGCAAGUACACAUGCUUCAGAUCAUGCUACCCCUCUUCCUUCUAUGGCUUCCCAAUCACCGCCUGAGAUUAUUGAUCCAACUCCUGCUUCAUCUCUUCCUCGUUAUCCUCAACGUAUUCCUCCUACUACAGUUCAUGGGGUAGCAGUUGUUCGUAUUUUACGUUAUCUUGGUGGUACAUGCUUUCAAAUUCUUUUGUUUCCAUCAGCCUUAUCCUUAGUGCUCCAUGCCUACUCUGAUACUGAUUGGGCCAGCGACCCCAUUGAUUGCAAGUCCACCACUGGUUUUUGUAUAUUUUUGGAUGAUUCUCUUAUCUCUUGGAAAAGUAAGAAGUAGACUGUUAUUUUCCGUUCCUCUACAGAAACAGGGUGUCGAGCUAUGGCCUCCACUACCACUGAGAUUAUGUGGUUGCGAUGGUUACUUGCAAAUAUGGGUGUUUCUCAUUCUUCCCCAACUCCUAUGUAUUGUGAUAAUACUAGUGCUAUUCAUAUCUCUCACAACUCUGUGUUCCAAGAACGCACAAAGUAUAUUGAGAUUGAUUGUCAUCUGGUUCGUCAUCAUCUGCAGACUGGCACCAUUUCCCUAUCUUUUGUUUCUUCAUCGUUGCAGCUUGCUGACUU